AGCCAUCGGUGGCGGUCUGUUUUUCGUGUGACGCGUCAAGCGACUGUUUUUCUUAUCGCUUAAGCACCAGUACUUUUUAACGACCUAUGUGAACGCCAUGCCUUGACAGUGUUACUUUCAUUGUUUGGUAGUAAAACACGCUAGAGACGAAAAGUCGUAGAAAUGUCUCUUGUUGCGUACGCUGACAGCGAUGACUCUGAAGACGAUAGCAGUCAGGAUGCCGUCUCCAACAAAAUCAUUGAGAACGUGCCCGAUCCCGUUAGAGAAGUGAGCAGGGAGCUCGAUGAAACGAUCGCCGAGAACGUCCGCGAUCCCGUGACAGAAGCAAAUGAAGAACUUGGUGAAUAUGGUGAAACCGCAGAACUUGAACAGCAACUUCCUGCUGUCACAAACAUUGAAGAACCUACAGCUUCACCGAAGCUGUUUUCGAGGUUACCUCCUCCUAAACAGAGCGCGUCAACACUGCACGAUCCGUCGUUGCAAGACGUAGUCGUGAAACAAGCAAAUAAGGCCACAAAGUCUAAGCGAGCACAGAUCCUCAUACCUUCCUUGAACCAGUUUGACGAUGAAGAAGAAGAACAGGAAAACAAGAAAAAGAAGUUCCGACCUGCUCAGAUUGGUUCUGGCCUCAUAGGCAUGCUGCCGGCACCAAAGCACGGUUCCAUAACAACGAAGCAGCUUACGCCACAGGUGCUGGCAAGGCCACCUCCUCCGAAACCAGCGCCAAAACAGCCACUACCAAAGCCUCGGGCACCGGCAGUACCGCAGCCAACUACAUUAUACCCGUGGGAGCAAGAUGAUGGCGAUGACAUAGAUACCACUGAAGAAGCGCCAAACUUCUUCACGUUCAGUGAACCGCCAUUGCUGAAAGUGAACCUUGACUCUGAUCUGCAUGCCGCUGCCAGCGUGCCACCUGCUGCCUCGGCUGGGCCCGUGACUGCUUCUGCACAAAGCAAAUCGUCUGAGCCAGAGCCACAGCCAAGCUUCAAUGUUGAGCCUGGCCCUGAAGUGCAGCCACCUUUACCAAGCCGCAAGGGAAAGAUUGUCUACGCAGAACCUGAAGAGCCAGGGACAUCUGUCUAUGACGUUGAGCUCGACGAUGGAGCUUUGGUGAGACUGCGUGGCAAGCGUCAAGAGGAGAUCAACAUCAUCGACGUGUGCGCGGACAGCCAAGUUGACAAGACUCAGAUCCUCCUCCGUGGCCUCACCGAACAGUCCACAUACUCGAGUCAUAGCAACACUAGCGACUUCAACACAAGCCAACAGCAUCGUCGAAAGCACCAGAUCACCUACUUGGCACAGCAAGCCAAGGCACGAGAACAGGAGUUGAAAAACACUUGGGCACAAAACCGUAUGACUAAGCGCCAGACUCAAGCAAAGUACGGAUUUUGAUGUCUCGCAUCUGUGCUUUAAUAAAUGCUGUGUUGCAUUUUC